UCUCUGUUGAAUUCUUCUACAUUCCGAAAUUUGAAACCUACACUAAUCCUUAUAAAAAAAUACCGUUUUCUGUUUCUUUCGGCUCCUAGUGGUUUCGUUGUUGUCUCUUGUCUUUCAACUUUUUUUUCUUCUCGAUAAUUUUUUCUAGUAUCAGAUACAACUUUGUCAAAUCCAACACAUAACAACGCAGAACAAUAAAUAGGAAAACCAUGCCGCUAAUAUGAAAAAGUUUCUGUUCACUCUAUUACUGGCUUUGAUUGCUUUCACAGAGACAUCAUUUCAGCUUGACUACAGCAAUAAGAAAUCAAAAGUACCUGAAUGUUCAAAGAACCCGAAUUACAACGCUAAUAUUCGACCUAGAAUAGCUGUCAUUUCACAUGAUUCUGCUAUCAAUACAUUCACCCAGAAUCCAGAACAAGGCGCUAGAGAUGCUGCUACCAUACUCGAUGUACAAUUAGAAUGGAAUAGUCAUUUUAUUAAUUCAGCUUCAAAGAUGAAAUCAGAUAUUUAUGAUGCAGUGAAUGAUAAAGUAGACGGUAUCAUUGUUACUAUUCCCAAUCAGGAAGUGUUAGAGGCAGUGAAAUAUGCUAUUUCAAAGAAUAUACCCGUACUCGUUUAUAGUGCCGGCUUAGAAUAUGCCGAACAGUUAGGGCUCACCAGAAUUCUCUUGCGAAACAGAGAUUCUGGUUAUGAAAUAGCCAGAGAGCUUUUGCGCAGAGGUUAUACCAAUCCACUUGUCAUUCAGAUAUCCACCAUAGAUGAUGUUACCUUUGGCUCUCGUCUUCUUGGUAUUGGGGACGUAUUUGGCAAACAGCCUGACUUGCUUGUGAUUUCGGACGAGAACGAUACAAUUCAAUCGAUUAACACACUCACAGAUCAUUUGAUAAAGAAUACGCAGUACGAUUCUGUUAUUUCGUUAGGAGGAUCUCAAGGCACAAGUAUAGUUAGCACUGCAGCUUUAAGUGUGCUGCGUAACAAUACCAACAGAAAGCUAGGUGUUGCUUUUUUUGAUACCAGUGAUAUGAGCAUGCCGACCUUGAUUGCAGAACAUAAAGAUGUUUUUGGAAUCUCUCAAUUGCCGUACUUUCAAGCCGCCUUACCUGUUUUUAUCAUGUAUUUAAGAAUUAUUACUGGAUUUGACGUAUUUAAAAAUCAAACGAUCGACACAGGCCCGAUUUGGGUUACCAAUGACACAUGGCCCUUAGUUAAGCAAAACGAGCAAACGACCCUUAUCCCACUGAAAGAAAAAGAUGCUAAAGUGGGGGCAAUCGUACCCAAUUCAGAGGGCGACUCCUAUAAUGGUGCUAUUCUUGCGGGUUUUCGUGAACUUGCUACUCGAUUAAACUGGCAUGUCUGGAAUGUUGUUGAGAGUGGACCGCUUGGCGUUAGUUUGCAAUUGAAGAGGGAAAUCGAUCAUUAUGUAGAAAAGCAAGUUGCUGGUUUUCUCAUUCAAACAAGCAAUCCCGAUGUUCUUAGUUAUGCUCUUACGAAAGUCAACAACACGGAUAUUCCGAUGGUUACGUUAGGCAACUUCUAUGAGCCUUUGGAUUUCAUAAUAACACGGUAAAUUGUAAACAAACAUUAGUAUAGAUAAUGUCGAUACA